AUGAAUGCGGUUGAUGCAUCCGAGCACUUUGACAAACCAUCCCACUCAACAGAACAGUCCCCUUCGCUCCUCGCCCUCAUCCUCGACACCAACCCGGCAGCAUGGUCGUUGCUCUCGGAAACCCUCCCUCUCUCCAGCGCCGUCGCCAAUCUCCUCGUCUUCAUCAACGCCCACCUAGCCGCAAACUACACCAACAAAGUCGCCGUCAUCGCCUCCCAUUGUGACAAAGCCGCGUGGCUCUACCCAACUCCAACCGAACAGAAACUUCCGCGCUCCAUCUCAGCCCGGGCAAAGCGACAACCUCACGGUCAAGCUCGACACCAUGACAACCUCUCCGACUCGGCCAAAAGGCUGAAACUCAAUAGUCCGGCGGCGGAGGAUCCUCCUCCUCCCAGCCCGAAUCCCAGGUCAUCUUCUUCAUCCUCAGCCAACACUGGCAGCAAAUACCGCCCCUUCCGCCUCGUCGAGGAAGAGCUCCUCCGCAACCUGACUCUGCUUCUUUCCACCACCUCUCCAGAUGCCGUCUCCAGCAGUUCAUCAACCAUGAUCGCCGGCGCCCUGACCCUGGCUCUCUCUUAUAUCAACCGGGAGUCCAUCCUGCUCUCUGAGUCUUUAGUCGGAUCGUCAAACACCCACAGCGCCAAUGCCAGAGAUCCCGUCACCACCUCCUCUGCUGCCAGAGAUGGAGCAAGUCAGUCUCUUCAAUCACGCAUUCUCCUCGUCUCGGCAUCCCCCUCCACCGACCUAGCUCACCAAUAUAUCCCCAUCAUGAACGCCAUAUUCGCGUGCCAGAGACUCUCAAUCCCCAUAGAUAUACUACAACUUCCUCUCUCCACCACCGACCCAUCAUUAACGUCCGCGUCAAACCCAAGCGCGAACUCCCACUCCCGCUCCCACUCGCACUCAGAGUCGACCGUCUUCCUCCAACAAGCCGCCGACGCCACCCACGGUAUCUUCAUCCCCGCCCACCUCACCUCGCCCAACUCGCCCAACCCCGUCAAGACAGCAUCCCAGUCCCUCCUGGCCUACCUCCUGACCAGCUUCCUCUCCAGUCCACUGACCCGUUCCGCGCACUUGAUCCUCCCCACCCGCAUCGACGUCGACUUCCGCGCCGCCUGCUUCUGCCACCGCAACGUCGUCUCCGUCGGCUUUGUCUGCUCCAUCUGUCUGAGCAUCUUCUGUGAGCCGCCCGAGAACGGAGACUGCCUGACCUGCGGAACCCAUCUGGCCGUAGAUGAGGGAAGCUAUGGAAAGACCCCUGUCGUGGUGGCCUCCGCCAAGUCGAAAAAGAAGAAGCCGCAGCAAGCGACCCCAAGGUAA